CAUCUAGGUUCAGUUAUUGCAGUCGAAUAGAACGGUUCGAAGUCAUUGUCAACCUUGGUUUUCUGAUGGCGUCCGUAUUCUACAAAUUGGAAACCCCGAUUUUCUCCGGCACGGGAGAAACGAUCCAUUCAUCUUGCGGCCCCCCUAAAACGUCGGGUCCGGAGCACGGUCCCAUUGAUGCUCCGCAGGGCUGAGGCCCCCUGGGCCCCUAUUCCUACGGCAUUCCUGGUUAACGCUUUUCCGUAUGUAUGCAAGCGGUACUACGAGAUAUUUUGGAAUCCGACCCUCUCCGUCUCGUUCCUCAAAAUUCCCUUGUUACCGGACUUUUUCCCAGUUCGCAAUACCUUACUCCGUACUGCCGGAGAUAAUCGGCGACAUCCAGGUGCAGUCGGUUCGCGGGUUUAAUGCAGUGGUAGGCACCUACACACAUGCAUUCAGCUCGGCACCUAAGGUCCAGGAUAUUGACCUGAAAAAAGUAAGCGCAAGAACAAUAACGUUAGGUGGAGCUGAGAAGUCGACGACAAGGGCCAAAAAUAUUUUGUCGGUCCCGACUCGCAGCUUCCCUCUUUUUUCUCGCCCAAGGCGCGCUCCAAAGUUCUCAACACUUGCGUCAUCAAAUCCACCUGUCAGAUUACUCUUAACGUUAUUACCUAAGCCCGGAAGUUUUUCUGUCAUUUACUCGGACAUCAGGGUCUUUGUCCCAGAGGACCCGGGCAGAAAUCACCCCGCGUCCGGGACUUCGUCUGACAAAUGUGCAUCCCAGCCGGGCUCAGCCAAGUUAGCGUGGGAUGGUUGAACUCGGCGACGGGUCGAAACGGACACUUUCCGACAGCUCGGGACACCCCGGCGGCCGGCAUGGCUGGCCCGAAGGGUGCCAAGGAAAGCUAAUUGUGCUAAUUGUCGACC